GCCAACACAUUUCCUCACAAAGGCUACAUUUGGAAUUAUGGUGCUCUUCCACAGACAUGGGAGGAUCCAAGCCAUACAGGCGAAGAGAUGAAGUGCUGUGGUGACAGUGACCCACUUGAUGUCUGUGACACUGGCACCCAGGUGUGCUCUUCUGGUCAGGUCAUUCAGGUGAAAAUACUCAGCAUUUUAGCCAUGAUAGAUGAAGGAGAAAUGGAUUGGAAAGUCAUUGCCAUCAAUGCUGAGGAUCCAGAUGCCAAAUUUAUAAACAAUACAGAUGAUGUCUACAAGAGUCAGCCUGGUCACUUAGAGGCCACUGUGGAAUGGUUUAGGAAAUAUAAGGUGCCAGAUGGAAAGCCAGAAAACCAGUUUGGAUUCAAUGAAGAAUUCCAAGACAAGGAUUUUGCAGUUGCGAUCAUAAACUCCACCCAUGAGCACUGGAGGGCACUAGUGGAGAAGCAGAAUAAGACCCAGAUUGAAUGCAAAAACAUCUCCGUUUGCGAGAGCCCUUUCAAAUGCAGCACUGAAGAAGCCAGAGAGGUGGUCCAGUCGGCCCCUGCGUUUGGUACUGCAUUUACUGUGCCUCAAGAGGUGAACAAGUGGUAUUUUCUCUGAGUGAUUCUGAAGCCUGAAAGACAAUAUAGAAAUCAACUAAACCUGUAAUCAUGGGAAGAACUCAAGGUUUUGAUACAUGUUUUGGGUGAAGUUGAAUUUUACUCAGCUGUAUAAUGUGACACCUACCUAUCUUUAGGUACUGAAGAGACUGUGGUAAUCCCUACUACACCUUCAUUUGGGUUGGAACAUCUCAAAUCACCUGGCAGGUCCUAGGUCACCCUCU